CUUAUCGCAUAGUAGAGGAAGAGAUACAUGGCGUGCGAUGACUUUGGUGUGAUUUUGAUUGUAAAAGCUUUUUCUGAGGAAAAUGAACGCAUUACGAACAUUUUGGCGCUUUUCGGGGACAACAAGCUUGUGUUGGAGUAAUGGCACUCCCCGUUCAGUUUUCAGCUGCAGUCAACAACGCUGGAUGAGUUCAGUGGUUCUAUCAAGGACAGGGCCUGAACAGAGAAUUGUCCAAGGAACACUGAGAACCAAAGCAGAGGGAGCCUGUGUUUUCCAGCAACCGCUUUGGCACUAUCAGCAGGUCCGUACAGGCAAACGUGGAACAGAAUAUCAACCAAACAACAUCAAACGGAAGAGGACCCAUGGCUGGAUCAAAAGAAUCAGUACUCCGGGUGGAAUCGAAGUAAUCCUGCGGCGAAUGCUCAAAGGACGAAAAUCCCUUACACAUUGA